UGCCCUAAUGGCGUCUGCACGGGCUUGCGCUUGCUAGUGAGCGCGCGCUUGUUCAUGUGAAGGAUGGCGAGUGCGAGAUUCCUGCUGACGCGACGCUGCUGCACAGCUUUAAAAGCUACCACAGGUCAUGGACAGAGAAGUCUAUCCGUAUCAUCAGCUGUGCUAGCUCGCACUCAUGUCAGUUAUGAGGUCAAGGAUAAUGUUGCUGUGGUCCGAAUCAAUGAUCCGACCUCAAAGGUGAAUACUCUGUCCAAGCACAUGCAGGCAGAGAUGGUGGAGGUGAUGAAUGAGAUUUGGGGGAAUUCAGCAGUAAAGAGCGCCGUCCUCAUCUCCAGAAAACCAGGAUGCUUCAUUGCAGGAGCUGACAUCAAUAUGAUUCAGGCCUGCAAGACAGUAGAGGAAGUGACAUCACUUUCACAGGAAGGACAGAAGAUAUUUGACCGGAUUGAGAAAUCACCCAUCCCUAUUGUGGCUGCUAUUAACGGCUCCUGUCUGGGCGGUGGACUGGAGUUUGCCAUUGCAUGUCAGUACCGGAUUGCCACUAAGAGUAAGAAGACGAUUCUAGGCACCCCAGAGGUGAUGCUGGGACUGCUGCCCGGGGCUGGAGGGACACAGAGGCUGCCCAAAAUGGUUGGCCUUCCCGCUGCGUUUGAUAUGAUGCUGACCGGCAGGAACAUAAAGCCAGACAAAGCCAAAAAAAUGGGGCUCGUACAUCAGCUGGUGGAUCCUCUGGGCCCAGGACUGAAGAGUCCAGAAGAGAGGACCAUCGAGUACCUGGAGGAAGUGGCUGUUGAUUUUGCUAAAGGUCUUGCUGGUAAAAAAGUCACAGUGGAAAAGAAGAAAGGACUCGUGCAGAAGAUACAGGAUUUUGUAAUGGGUCUGCCACCGGUCAGGAAACAGAUCUACAAAACUGUCCACAGUAAAGUCAUGAAACAGAGUAAAGGGCUUUAUCCCGCGCCACUGAAGAUUAUAGAGUGUAUCCAGACGGGCGUUGAGAAAGGAAACACUGCUGGAUAUCUGACUGAAUCUCAGAACUUUGGCAAGCUGGCGAUGACAUCAGAGUCCAGAGCUCUGAUUGGCCUAUAUCAUGGUCAGGUGACGUGCAAAAAGAACCACUUUGGGCAGCCUGAGAGAGAAGUGAAAAAGCUGGCUGUCCUGGGAGCGGGGCUUAUGGGAGCAGGCAUUGCUCAGGUAACGAUAGACAAGGGUGUGGCCACCAUCUUAAAAGACACAACAGAGGAAGGACUUGCAAGAGGUCAUCAACAGGUGUACAAGGGUCUUAACGACAAAACAAAAAAGAAGAGUCUGACGACAUUCGAGAGAGAUGGGAUUAUGUCAUUGCUCUCAGGACAGCUGGACUACCGUGACUUUGAGAAGGCUGACAUGGUCAUUGAAGCCGUGUUUGAAGACCUGUCAAUCAAACAUAAAGUGGUGAAGGAGGUUGAGGCCGUGAUUCCUCCUCACUGUAUCUUUGCCACCAACACAUCCGCUCUGCCAAUCAAAGACAUUGCAGCAGCCAGUAAGAGACCUGAAAAGGUGAUAGGGAUGCACUAUUUCUCUCCGGUGGAUAAAAUGCAACUGCUAGAAAUCAUCACCACCAAUAAAACCUCCAAAGACACAACUGCAUCUGCUGUGGCUGUUGGGCUUAAACAGGGAAAGGUCAUCAUAGUCGUGGGGGAUGGUCCAGGGUUUUAUACCACUCGUUGUCUAGCACCUAUGUUAGCCGAGGCCGUUCGAGCACUGCAGGAAGGAGUUGGGCCCAAGAAACUGGAUUCUCUGACAACAGGAUUCGGGUUUCCUGUCGGUGCGGCGACACUUGCUGACGAGGUCGGUAUUGACGUGGCGGCUCAUGUUGCAGAAGAUCUCGGCAAGGCUUUUGGAACGCGAUUUGGAGGAGGAAAUGUUGAGGUCUUGAAGAUGAUGGUCCAAAAAGGGUUCAAAGGUCGCAAGUCUGGAAAGGGUUGUUACGUGUAUGGAGCAAAGUCGAAAGAAAAGAAGGUGAACUCUGGAGCUGAAGAAAUUCUCAAAAGCUUCAAGCUAACAGCGCCCCCUGCUGUCUCUGCCGACGAGGAUAUUCAGUACAGACUUGUGUCCCGAUUCGUAAACGAGGCCAUACUGUGUCUAGAGGAAGGCAUUUUGCCUGACCCUGUACAGGGAGACAUCGGAGCGGUGUUUGGGCUUGGGUUCCCACCAUGCUUGGGAGGCCCGUUUCGUUUUGUCGAUUCACACGGAGCUGACAAACUUGUUCAAAAAAUGAAGCGCUUUGAGGAGGUUUAUGGUAAUCAGUUCACUCCCUGCCAGCUGCUCCUUGACCACGCCAAAGACUCCAGCAAGAGGUUCCACAAGUGAAAAUGUGUCACCGUAACUUUGUGAUCUCAACAUUCAGGAUCUUUUCACAAAAAAUUUCACAUUCACUCACUUAAGGUAGUGCAUUAUAAAAAAAAUAAAAAAAUUACAAUUAUUUGUGUUUUAUGAUUAGUGGGUUAAAAAGCAGAUGUUUUCUAACUUGGCCUGUACAUAAUUUAAACGUUUAUUAAUGUGGUUAAAGAAAAGAUAAUUAUGUAAAAUCCCUCUAAAGACAUUUGUUCUCAACACGAACUCUAUUUUUUAAGAAUUUAACAGUAGCAUAUUUAAUGGCAUUAUUCAGCUAAAUAUAACAUCUGUUCCCUGUAGAAUAAUUUCUGAACGUUGCAGCUACAUUUUUGUUUUAACCAUUGUGCCUAAGGAUAUCUCCAAGUUGAGCUGGAGGCAGAAACUUGUGUGUUAUUAUUUGUUGUUGUUUUUUGUGGCAUAGUGGUUGUGUUUGUUUGCAAAUGAUUCUUCUAUAAUAAACUUAACCAACAAAA